GUAUUUGAAUUUCAGAUUGUGUUCAUCAUGUAUAUAAUUUAAAAAAACAAAAAAUAUUACCUCGAGUUGUCUUAUCAUUUGUUUGUCAAUAAACUAAUGGCAUCAGUUCUGUUUUAUGUCAACAUUACAUUCUCACAACAACGAAAUGAUGGGAUUUUUUAUUCCAUGGAUCGCAGCAAUGAUACAACAUUUAAUAGGAAUUCUUGAUUAUUACCUGUUUUGGGCAAUUGACCUGUUGAAUUAUUAUAUGCCAGGUUGGAAGCUCGUGGUUCUUUCUCCAUUUGUCAUCACAUUUAUUAUCUUGCCUACAUUUGUUGUUUUGUACUUAUAUAUUGGAGCUCUUCUUCUAUACAUCUAUCGCAGACGUCAUGCAAUUUAUGAAGGCUUUCAUCAACAUAAUGUUUGGGAGGGUUAUAAGAAAAUGAUUGCUGCUAUGUGGAGUGGCCAUGGUUGGAUUUGGCAUGGUUAUGAAGUGAAAGGGCUUGAGAAUCUUCCCAACAGAGGAGCAGCCAUGAUUGUUUAUUUUCACGGAGCCUUGCCUAUUGAUCUAUAUUACCUGAAUGCCACUGUGUAUAUAGAAAAAAAUCGAACCUUGUGUGGAAUAAUGGACAACUUUGCAUUCAAAAUUCCAGGUCUGAAAAACUUUUUUCAAUUUUGGGGAUGUUUUCCUGGACCGAGGGAUCGUAUGGUAGAAAUUUUAAAAGCUGGAGAAAUUGUUACUGUGGCACCAGGUGGUGUUAGAGAGGCUCUUUUCAGCGAAAAUUAUUCCGUUCUUUGGGGCGAGCGACAAGGAUUUGCAAAAGCUGCUUUGGAAGCAAGAGUGCCAAUCAUACCUAUGUUUACGGAGAACCUGCGUGAAGCAUUUUGUUAUAUGCAGACUGGAAAAAAAUGGUAUCGAAAAUUAUACGAAUACACAAGAUGGCCAUUACGUCCAUUGUAUGGCGGUUUUCCAGUGAAAUUAACAACCCAUAUUGGACGACCUAUAUAUUUCGACAGCAAUACACCUCCUGCCGAGGUCGCUACAAAGACUCGACAUGCACUAGAACAAUUGAUAAGACGACAUCAACGUAUACCGGGAAGUAUUAUAUUAAGUUUCGUUCAACGAUUCACAAGCAAUUAUGAAAAAGAGUUUGAAGUUCUACCAGUAGAGGGCACUAGUGGUUCAGAAGAUUCGAGCGAAAGCGAAGUCUCGGAAAACGGAUCGGCUUGUAAAUUACUCGAUAAAUCAAAGAGCGAAGACAAUGCCAGUAAUAACAAUUUUCGGACACCAUUUCUAGUUUGUCAAUGUAAAGAAUGUGAUGCAUUAAAGAAAAUGAAUCUGGGAUGGGAAUCAUUAAGAACAAAAGGAUUAUCACAAGUACCUCGAUUUUCCAUGGGAACUACAGCUAUUGAUACAAAUUAUUAAUUCAUAUUAUUAAAAAUGAGUGAAAUAGCAAUUUAUUAUCUCACUUUUCUUGUUGCAUUUUAGUACAAAUAUUCAUGUAAGGCCUGAAUGACUUGAAUGCAAGCUCGCGUGCGCUGUAUAAAGAUCAAAAAGCUACGAUUAUAUCGAUCAAAGUGUUCCAAAUCAGGGUUCUGGUCCAAUUUGGAACUGAAACAAUUGUUGGAAAUUGGGAGUACACUUCACUCACUCACUUCACACAGUAAUUCGUGAAGAAGCAUUAUCAUUGAAAAGCGUGGCUAACUAAAUAUAAGAUGUAGCCUUCAUCGGGAAAGAUUUCUUUAUUGCUUUUGCAAAACUUAAUAAAUUGCAUAAAUUAAUAAAAAAAAAAAAAUUUUAUUUUUAAAAUUGCAAUGUAUACUAUUUGAAAACCAGCCAGAAUUCUUGUUUCAUACACAAUAAACCACAGUUUGUGCCUAGAAAUCCGUCCACCUAAAUGUUAUAUUUCAACAUAAUAAUUUAUGAAUUUAGAAUCUCCGUCAUUUGUAUUUGUAAUUUCUGAAAAGAACAAAAAUGGGUCAGUAGCGGAAUUUAGAACUUCCCGACACCAGUUGGACAAAACAUGUUUAAGGCCUCUGUUGAACAUUCUUUCAGCUACAAAUUUUGUGGGCCGUGUCUCUUUUCGUCCUCAGUAUUUAUCAAUACUCAUGUUACAUCUGUGAUGACUUUUUCACUCUGAAAACUCCUUUUUCUGUUUCUUAUUUCUUUAUUUCAGUAUUAUUUAGUUUGUUACAAAUACAUUAGUUUAAGUAUGAUCAGUUAUAUCACCAUUGUGCCACAUUUGAAGUUAAUAAAUUAAGUCGUUGUUAUAAUAAUUCUAUUACUUGGAAGAACUACCGUAUAUAUUUUUGUCUUUAUUUCUAUGUUAUAUUUUUUUUUGUCUUCAACCAUGCCUGGUUGUGUUCUAUGCUUUCUGCACAUCUUUUUUUUUGAACAUUCUCACAAUACAUAAUUUGACUGCAA